CGUCUACGUCAAAAAAGUGCUCUGUAUACUCUGUGGUUUGAUUGCUUACUUGUCAAAAGUUACAAACAUUUUGCACUUUCCAUUCAUUAAAAUCGCAAAAUAAACAAAUAAUGGCUGGUUAUUGAACGAAUUAUGCUUAAUUAAGUAAGCUGCUGCAUUGGUGGAAUUGCUGAAGUGCCAAGAGAGUGCCUUGAUCCCUUCUGCAUAUAAAAACCAAUAACCAAAAUGACGAACUUGGAUGUUAGUAACAGCAGCACCGACAGUAGCUCCGGGUCCUCUUCGGAUUCGAGCAGCAGUGGAAGCACUUCCACCAGCUCGGGGUCUGGUUCCAGCAGUUCAGACUCCGAAUCCUCGACUUCCGACACCCCAGCGACCACCAACACUACUCCAGCACCAAAAUCCCCCCAAAAAACUGAGGAAGUCAAAAAGAAAGAAGAACCGAAACCCAGAAGACCAUCAAAAGCUAAAGUUUCUUCAUCCAGCGAUGAUGAUACUCCAAAGCCGACAAGUCCCAAACCAGCACCACCAAGGAGACGCAUAUCUGCAAAACCGAAAUCGGCGGCAGCGGUUCUUGCUAAAGGUAAAACGGCACAAAGAAUUCCAUCUGGAGCAAAAACACCAAAACCGAUCCCAAAAACAAUACAGAAGGCUCCACCAAAGCCUGAUACAGGAGCGUUAAAGAAAAAGAGUAUUUUCUCACCCGAUAACAGUUCUGAAUCAGAGUCCGAAAGCAAGUCUUCUACAACAAAGUCUCCGAAAGCAUCGCCCAGACCGAAACGUGGUUCUAGGAAGUCUAGCGAUGAGAAAGACACAUCACCGGCAACUACACGGAACAACAGUGCUGAUAACGAUGAUUCUAAUUCUAAAUCUGAUUCGAAUGCCAAACGUAAAAGUGUCAACAGGCCCAGUGGACCUCCUCCGAAGAAAGUAAUUGAGGAUAAGAGUGCUUCAUCUUGUACAUCAAGUCAGUCCUCGGUUGAGUCUGUUUCAUCAGACAGUGAUAGUGAACCGACUCCGAAAAAAGAACCGUUAAAGACUGGGAAGACAAAGCCACCUUCUAGUGCUACUAAGCAAGAAAUUCGGGAUCAAGCAGCUAAAAGCGGGGACUCUGGUGACUCAGGUGCAGUGGCGACAAUGCCUAGGAAACUUACCAGGUCUUUAUCAGCGAGGGUGUCAAGAUUAGCCACCGUGUCAAGACGGACUAACACUGACACUGAUUCUGAUGUGGAUGAGAAGAGCAAUGAUAAGACUAGCAACACAAGCAACAGUACAAGCAAAGACAUGAAGAAGCCCCCCCGCGGCCGAGCCCCCCCCGCCCGCUCACCCGUCGUGCUGCCCUCGCCGCAGGAGCCUGCCCGCCAGAGGUGUCCCGUCAGGGGCUGUGACUCUAGCGGACAUCUGGGUGGCAAAUCUAACAAGCACAUGACGUGGGACGCUUGCCCCAUCUACCACAACGUGACGGCCGCCUGGUGUGUAGCCGCGGGCGAGGAGCGAGCCGCCGCCGCCGUCGCGCGGAGACGAGCGCUGCAGCAGCUGCACGCGCGGCCCCGCGCCAUGCCCACGCUCGAGCAACGCGCUUACCAGCUCAAAGUGAAGGAUAUGCGCUCCAAAUGGAAAGGCAGUCAGGAACUCCGGGAGAAGUUAGCAGCAUCAGGUAACGAGGAGAUAACAGAAGACAGAGAGCCGAUCCUCGAAGGCUUUGCACCAGACUACGACCUGAGGCUGUUCAGGGAGGCGCAAGCACUGGCUGCUAUCAAGAUUGAAGAGGAACUUGGGGAUAUACCCACUGAUAAGGGCACUAGAUACGUAGUAAUGGGCAAAUACAUGAUGGAGGUCUGGUACCAGUCUCCGUACCCCGGCGAUGCGGCGCGGGUGCCGCGUCUGUUCGUCUGCGAGUUCUGUCUGAACCAUCACAAGAGUGCCACUGGGGCGCAGAGACAUAAGGUCAAGUGUGUUUGGAAUCACCCGCCCGGGGAUGAGGUGUACAGAAAAGACAAUCUCAGCGUUUGGCAAGUGGACGGUCGCAAGCACAAACAAUACUGUCAACAGCUGUGUCUACUGGCGAAGUUCUUCCUAGACCACAAGACUUUGUACUACGAUGUCGAACCGUUCCUGUUUUAUGUGAUGACCAACGCUGAUCAUGAGGGCUGCCAUAUCGUCGGGUAUUUUAGUAAGGAAAAGAACUCGUUCCUGAAUUACAACGUGUCCUGCAUCCUGACGUUACCUCCCUACCAGAGACAAGGAUAUGGUAGACUGCUCAUAGACUUCAGUUACCUCCUAACAAAAGAAGAAGGCAAGGUGGGAUCCCCUGAGACUCCACUAUCAGACCUCGGGCUGAUCUCCUACCGGUCCUACUGGAAGGAGGCUCUACUGAAGAGGUUGUGUUCAGCCCCGGGACCCACGCUCUGCAUCAGGGAUCUCAGCAAGGACCUGGCUAUAGCAUCUUCGGAUAUCGUGUCCACGCUGCAAGAGAGGGGACUCAUGAAGUAUUGGAAGGGAAAGCAUAUUGUGCUCAAGAAACAGGAAGUGCUGGAAGAGGUAUCACGUCGCGCGGCGCGUGCCCGCUGCGUGGACGCGGCGUGCCUGCGCUGGUGGGGCUCGGGCGCCGCCCCGCCGGCGCGCUGACGCCGCGCCCCCGCCGCGCGCCGCCCCAACAGCAGCGCCGCGCGCGCACUGCUAUAGACUGCACACCACACUAUGCGGUGCGCGGGCGAAAAUAUAUCUGUGGCGGCGUCGCGACAUACAAGACUUGUGUGUUAUUUAGAGUUGUUCUACAAUACUAGGACAAUAGUGCGAUUGAAGACGUGUCGUGUGUAAUACGUGUAGUAAGGGACGGUGUGUUGUGGUGUGUUUUAGCGCUCACGAGACUCUAGAUUAAAUAAAUCGAAUUAUUUUUUUAGAUAGGCAAUUUAAGGAUACUUUGUACCUAUAGUUAGUAUUAGGUUUGUAUAUACAAGUGACAUGAAUUAAAAGUUAAUGAACUCAUCAAUUAUUUAAUUUUAUGACGAAUGAAUAAUUAUUAUUAAUUUAGUUUUAAGUACCAGCGAUAGUUGGUACUAAUUGGCGUUUCAUGUACUUAUUUUAUUACUCAAAUGAAAUUGAUUAUUUUUAUACCAUUGUCUCGAGAAUACUGAUAUCAAUUUAUUGUUUUUUUUUUACAUUCUAUGUAAAACGUUUGUAGCAUCAAAUUACUGAUUUAUAGUCUACCAAUUCUAAAUGUAAGGAAUUUUUAAAAUUAU